UUUAUUUUGGCAACAGAAAUCAACAGCACCAACAACAUUCUAGAUCCUUACAUAGCAAACAACAAAGAACUCGCAUCAAGCUAAUAAUAAAAGCAAAAAAAUAUUGAAAAUGGAUGCUGCUCGCAAAUCCUUUGAGAUGACAUCACAAGUGCGUCAAAAUGCUGAAGAACUUAAGAAUGCCAUGAAUGAUUUAUACAGCUGGGAAAAGGAAAUAAAGGACAAAGAAAAGAAAAUACAAAAUGCACCUGCAACUCAAUAUGAUGGUCUUCCGUGCAAUAAGAACCUCAACACAUUGCCGGUACCCCGAAGUCACAAUCAAGACCUGGCUUCUAAGAAUUCCAAUGAGGCACCAUUGAAUGAUUUGUCUGGUGGCAAGGCACCACAAGUGUUGGAUUCACCCAGUGAAAAACGUGACAAUGCACCAGAUCCUUUGGAACUUAGGCACAAGGAGGCUAACGAAAUUAAAGAUCGCGGCAAUAACUUUGUCAAGUUAGGCAAAUACAUGGAAGCCAUCGAACAAUAUACUGCGGCUAUAGAACAUUAUCCCGAAGAUGCUAUCUAUUACACCAAUAGAGCGUUGUGCUUUUUGAAAUUGGAAAGAUAUGACGAAUGCAUUGAGGAUUGUGAUCGAGCAACAGAGCUCGAUAACUUGGCAGUUAAAGCAUAUUACAGACGCAUGCAGGCCAAUGAGUCGUUGGGUAACAACAUGGAUGCUCUUAAGGAUUGCACAACUGUUCUUAUGAUUGAACCCAAGAACAGUGAGGCAAAUCGAAGCCUGGAAAGAAUCAAUGAUCGACUACGUAAAAAUGCGAAAUCUGCCAAAGGUCCUAAUUUUACUAGUCUUCGCUCCAAUAUGUUGGACAUAUUACCCAUUGAUAAACCGGCUUACAAACGUUCAAAUAAACCUCUAAAACGUAUAAAUAUUGCAGAUGUUGUUGGUCCAAAAGAAAUUAAAAAUCAUGAUAAUUUAAAGAUAUCUGAUGAAGAUAUUGAUAAACUUUUCAACAGCAAUUGUGGUUAUUUCCAAGAGGUAAAAAAUCCAGAAGCUCGCCUAAAAGCCAAAGAAAUUGCCGCAAAACAAAAGGAAACUAAGACAGUGGAAGAUAACAACAAGGAUGUAGCGAAAGAAAAGCUUGCAAGUAUUAAACAAACUGCAACGACAAGUAAGGAUGCAGUGGUCAAGCCGGCCAAAGAAGAGGAGAAAAACAAUUCUGCCAAAGCAAAAGAAGACUCAAACAAAUUAGAGGCUAGUCUUAAGGCAACAACGUCGGAAAUUGAAAUCGCUGGAAAAAGCCCUGAUAUUGAACGACCUUUACCUUCUCCUGCCAAAACUGCUGCUCAAUUUUACUCGAAUUGGAAAGAAUUAACUCCACAACAAAAAUAUCAAUAUUUAAAGGGCAUUCAAAUCAACCAGCUGUGCAAAAUACUUGGGGCUGGUUUCGAUUCGGAUACAUUAACCGAUAUAAUACGUACCUUGCAUGAUUUUUAUUUGCCUGCAAAGGAGUCCUCUCUGGCCAGUACACUUCUGGAAGUUAGCAAGAAUAAACAAGUUCCAAUUCUAUCAUUGCUUAUGUCCAAUGAGGAACGUAAAGCGCUUUCUGGAAUCGUAAAUUCCUUAAAGGAGAGCAACACUUCCGCAAAUGCAGCCGCAGAUGCUGCUCAAAUAAUGAAGAAUUUUAAUUUGAACUAAGUAAAAAAAGAAUAUUUUUAAUUGGGUGGACAUUCUUUUUCUGUUCAAUUAAUAUCACAUUCUUUAAUAAAAUCCUAUCUGUAUAUGUACUUUAA